AUGAUACUUCAUCUUGCUUAUUUCUUUAUCCUAUAUGUAUUGGAAUGAAAACUCUUACAACUAUUAAUAACAAAGAUUUUAUAGUUAUGGUAGUUCAAAAAAAUAAUAAUUUUAAGCCUGGUUAUAUUUGUCAAUCAGAUAGAAUUUAUAGUGAUAUAUGUGAAAGUUCAACUAUGGCAAUAACAUCUGUUUAUCAACGUAUAUUUGCUGUAGCAACUAAACAUGCAGGACCUUUAGUAAUAGGUUUUGAUCAACAUAUAAUUUCAAAUCAAUUACUUUUUGAUAUUACUUUUCGUCCUUUUUCUUUCAAACUUGACAAAAUAAAUUUGUUAAUUUUUGGUAUUAGUAAAUCAAAAAAUUCUGAAUGGAAUUACGGUGGAGAAGAAUAUAAGUCAUCAUUUAUUUGGAAUUUUAAAAAAAGUAGAUCAUUAUUCGUUCAAGAGUUUGAAGAUAACAAGGCUAUACAAAUUGGAGUUUUAUCUCAGUAUAGUGGGUUAGAACUUUUUGAAUUAACACAUAAAAUUACAUGUGAAAUUAUUAAAAAAAUACAAAUUCCAUCAUGCGCUUCAUUUGAUUGGAAUAAUGAAAUAUUUGAAAAAGUGUUUCAAUAUCAUUUGAAAAGACGAUUAUCACCUGGUAUUAAUUGGCAUGAAUUUUUUAUUAAUUGGAGUAAACAAAAUAAUAUCAUUGAAUUGCAUCAAAAGUUGAAAGAACUCUAUUCUGAAGAACAAACUAUUUCAGAAAGAGAAUUUCGAGCUUGGAAAGCAUUGCUUAAUCACUGUGGCUGUACUAACAUUACACCUUAUUCUAAAGAACAAUCAGACUUUGAAUUUUGGACUAAAUCAGAAAAUCUGGAUUAUGAUAGAACAAUAUUAAAAAGCUUGUACCAAUUAAAAUUUUUUCAACCUAUUCUUUCUGAUUAUCAAAAUGACGGUUCAAGAUUAUGGAUGGCAAUUCAAGAUGCUCUAAACAAUAAUUAUAGAGGACCAAAUAGAACACAACGAAUUCUUUCCAUAGUUGCAAACAAAUUUACUUAUAGUGAAAUUCAAGCAAAUUUAAAAGUAUCUACAGACACAAUAACUUAUGCACGUCGUUUUGCACAAAAUUAUGGGCCAGAGCAACUUGGAAAAUAUUUUCAGGAUAAAGCCGUUGCAAUUAUGAGUUCAUACAAAAUAGAUAGCAAUACUAACCAACCUGUUCACUAUUUGAAAAACACUAAGCAAGUUUUAUGGAGCAAAUUUCAUGAAACAUUUCCCAAUGGUGUUAAACGAACUUCUUUUUAUGGAUAUUUACAAGGAAAUUGCUUUGUGUAUCGUGAAAAUUUGGGUGGACUUUGUUCAACCUGUAAUGUUCAUAGUUAUGAAACUUUUAAUGAACUUGAUAAAUUGAUAAAGCGUCAUGUACUUAGUAGUCCAAUUCAG